AUGGAAUCUAGUUAUUGUCAUGACAUAACUCCAAUCAUCUCUAUUUUUCUUUUGUUUUUCUUGUUAUUUUCUCCGAUUUUUUCAGCUAAAGAUUUAAAAGAUUUAAGGAACGCAAAUACAACCUUCCACUCAAAUAAGAAGUUGACUAAUAAUACUAUGAAGAAGAUCAACAAACCCUUCGUCAAGUCAAUUAAGAGCCCAGAUGGUGAUAUAAUAGAUUGUGUUUUGAUUCAUUUACAGCCGGCGUUUGAUAUUCCUAUUUUGAAAGCUACAGGGCCAUUGGAUCCACCUGAGAUACCAAAUGGGAAUAAGAAAGGGGGAAUGGAAACAGAAGUUAAGCAGUUAUGGAAUUCAAAAGGUGAAUCAUGCCCACAAGGAACAAUUCCAAUAAGAAGGCAAACAGAAAGUGAGAUAUUUACAUCCGAUUCCAUUUCCACGUUUGGGAAGACAACUAGCAGGAAUGAUUUCUCUCCUUCUGAUAAUGGCCAUGAGCAUGCAAUUGGGUACGUAACCGAUGGAGAAUUUUAUGGAGCAAAGGCAACUUUAAAUGUAUGGGCUCCAAAUGUUACAAGGGCUCAUGAAUUUAGCCUUUCACAAAUUUGGGUUAUUGCGGAUGUUCCAACUCAUCCCUUGAGCACUUUUGAAGCUGGUUGGCAGGUUGCUCCGACCAUGUAUGGAACUAGUUCGCCAAGAUUAUUUAUCUUUUCGACAAACGAUGGGUAUCGAUCUGGAUGCUACAAUUUGAAAUGUCCAGGGUUUGUACAAACGACUCAGGAGAUUUCUCUUGGAGCUACUAUUUAUCCAGUAUCAACAUAUAAUGGCAGACAAUUCGAUAUCAAAGUAUUAAUCUGGAAGGAUCCAAGACAUGGGAACUGGUGGUUGAAGGUAGGAAACACUGUAGUUGGAUAUUGGCCUGUAGCUCUAUUCCCCGACUUUAAUAAACAUGCAACAACGAUUCAAUAUGGUGGAGAGGUGUAUAAUGCACAAAGGCCAGGUCAACAACACACAUCAACCAUAAUGGGUAGUGGCCACUUUCCAGCUGAAGGGUAUGGAAAAGCUUCAUAUGUUAGGAACAUGGAAAUUAUUGAUGAAUAUAAUGCGUUAAAACCAGUUGGUGAUGUUAAUUUAAUAGCAGAAAAACCAAAAUGUUAUGAUGUUAAAAAUGGGUUUGAUAAGUUUUGGGGUUAUUAUAUAUUUUUUGGAGGGCCUGGAAAUAAUCCAAAUUGUCACUAA